AUGUCUCGCCACCACCCCGAUCUCGUCAUGUGUCGCAAGCAGCCCGGCAUUUCUAUCGGCCGCCUGUGUGACAAAUGCGACGGCAAAUGUCCCGUGUGUGAUUCCUACGUGCGCCCAACCACCCUUGUCCGCAUCUGCGAUGAGUGCUCCUUCGGCAACUACCAGAACAAGUGUGUUGUUUGCGGUGGUGAAGGAAUCAGUGAUGCAUUCUACUGCUUUGAAUGUACGCGACUGGAGAAAGACCGUGAUGGGUGCCCGAAGAUUAUCAAUCUGGGAAGUUCGAGGACAGACUUAUUCUACCAAAAGAAAAGUUUCAGGAAUCAAUGA